GUACGGAGAGCAGGUGAAAUGGAGGGAUUGUCUGCUGUGAAUAUUCAUCGCCUCUGUGAUCGCCAGUAUAUGGGUUUGGCACUAGAAAUGAGAAAUUUCUCGCUUAGUGUGUUCCAUUAUUCUCAUUUCCUGUCGGAGCUAGUCACCAGUUUUAAACGGGGCCCUGGGAAAACUGGCACACAUCCGAUCUAGGAAUAUUUGUUUGAACGGUUUUUAAAUUUGGCACGAGAAUUCUUCGGGGCAAGUUGAAGAAACGUGACAACCGACUCGGGCGGGCCUCGAGCUUUUAAACGACGCGGAUUGACAUUUUUUGAAGGUAAAAAUGGAGCUUUGGCAAAAAUUGAAAAACACUAACCCAAUUGCUGUGGGAAUAAGGAAUGCUCACGAGAGAUACAAAGAGGAGCAUGCAAGCAAGCAAACAACCACAAAUGGCUCGAAGGAGGACAUCUUAAAAACGAAAUCACCAGAGUCUAGAAAAUUAACAAAAACCCUGCUGAUAAUAGAUUCUGCGGACCAUGACUGGUCUAAGAUUUUCAAAGGGAGAAACCUACAUAAUGGAUCAUACGGAAUAAGAGUUGAACAGGCGGAAUUCGCGGACAUCAAUCUUGCAUCAUACUCGGACAGCGGUACCAUGGUGGACAUCCAGGUGUUCCGAGAAGGCACAGUUGUGGUUAGAUCAUUUCGUCCAGACUUCGUGCUCGUCAGACAAAGCAUCCGUGGAAUCGGACCAAGGGAGGACUAUCGCCAUAUUCUGCUCGGUCUUCAGUUUGGUAACGUGCCAAGCGUCAACUCGCUAGAGUCAAUAUACAAUUUCGCAGAGAAGCCAUGGGUGUUCUCACAGCUGAUACAAAUAAAGAAAAGACUCGGGAAAGAGGAGUUCCCUCUCAUUGAACAGGCCUACUAUCCUAAUCAUAAGGAAAUGCUGAUCACGCCGCGAUUCCCGGUGGUCGUCAAGGUCGGUCACGCUAACUCAGGCUACGGCAAGGUGUGCGCGCAGAACCACCGCACCUUCCAGGACAUCGCAAGCAUCGUCGCGUUAACGGACACGUACGCCACUACAGAACCCUUCGUCGCGGGCAAGUGCGACAUCAGGAUACAGAAAAUAGGAGAUCAUUUGCGCGCGUUCAAGCGGACAUCAAUUUCUGACAAUUGGAAGACGAACACGGGCUCUGCGGUGCUUGAACAGAUCGAGAUCACAGAUAGAUACAAAUUAUGGGCAGAGGAGUGUUCUAAGUUGUUUGGUGGGCUCGAUAUUAUGUGCGUUGAGGCAAUCCUCGGAAAAGACAAGAAAGAAUACAUCAUUGAGGUGACGGACACCGCCAUGCGUCUGUUUAACGAUACCGUGGACGAGGAUCAACAACGAAUCGCUGACCUCGUGAUCCAGAAAAUGGAGGCUCAUUAUCCUCCUACUAUCCAGGCCACAUCACCGACGAAGGCCGCCCUGUCAGGAGCCUUCAGUAUCGCUGGCAGUCCCGGAGCACCAGCCGCCUCGGCCGCGGCUUCAGACAAGUCAAACGUGGACGAGAAGACAAAGAACGGCGCAUUUAGUGGCAUAAUAGACUAGUGCGACAGAGCAAAAAAAUGGCAUGAAAUUUUCCAAUUUUCAAUAUAUAAGCCCAAGAUUACUCAUACAAGGAGUUCCUCUGACCAAAAGCUUUCAAAUUUCAAAUUUUAAA